GAAAAUCAAAUUUAUAAGAACUUAAGUUACUUAUCAAUAAUAAUAACAGUAGUCAAAUUAGACUUCAUGUGAACUCCAUUUCCCUCCCUUUUUCACUUCUCUUUUCUCAGCGGCUACUGAAGUCAGGUAGGUUCUUGCAUUUUUCACCAAUAUCAAAUUAUCAAUACUCCAAGAAAAAUGCGGACACUUUCAUGGCCAAAACGCCUAAAACAUCUGCUUUUAGCAUGCAAAGAUGAAGCCCCCGUAACCCAAAUCCACGCACUCAUAAUCACGACCGGUCUCUUCACCAAUUCAAACUCCAAUGGCCUCGUCAUAGCUUCAUAUGCCCGCAUUGGUGGCAUCAAGUCGGCCCGCCACCUAUUUGACAAAUUGCCUCAAAGAGGCGUAGACGCUUGGAAUGCCAUGAUCGUUGCAUAUUCUCGGAGAUAUCACUUGACUGAAGUCUUGAAUCUUUACCAUCAGAUGGUAAAUGAAGGAGUUAAACCCGAUAGCUCCACUUUCACUGUAGCGAUAAAGGCAUCGUCAAGCUUAAAGGAUUUGGAAGCUGGAGAGAGAAUUUGGCGUCGAGCGGUGGAUUUUGGAUAUGGGUGUGAUGUGUUUGUCGGGUCAUCUGUUUUGAAUUUGUAUGUAAAGUGUGGAAAAAUAGAUGAGGCUAAGUUGGCGUUUGAUAAGAUGGUGAAAAGAGAUGUUGUUUGUUGGGCUACUAUGAUAACAGGACUUGUGCAGAACGGAAAGGUGUUAGAGGCAGUUGAUAUGUUUCGAAGGAUGCGAAAGGAGGGGAUCGAAGGAGAUGGGGUUCUGAUGUUGGGAUUAGUUCAGGCUUGUGCUAAUCUUGGAGAGUUGAAGUUGGGUCUUUCAGUUCAUGGGCAUGCGGUUAGGAAAGAGAUGCUUAUGGAUGAUGUUAUUCUUCAAACUAGCCUUGUUGACAUGUAUGCUAAGAUCGGUUAUUUGGAGCUUGCUUCUCGUGUUUUUGAGCAGAUGCCCCGGAAGAAUGCUGUUUCUUGGGGUGCAUUGAUUUCUGGCUUUGCUCAAAAUGGUUUUGCAGAGUAUGCACUUGAUUUGUUGGUUGAGAUGCAGAGUUUGGAAUUCAAACCGGAUACGGCGGCUCUUGUUAGCGCACUUUUGGCAUGCUCACAAGUAGGGCAUUUGAAACUAGGCAAGUCUGUACACGGAUAUAUUGUUAGGAGGCUUGGUUUUGAACUUGUUCUUGGCACCGCAUUGAUUGACAUGUACGCAAAAUGUGGAUCACUUUCUUGUGCACAUGCCAUGUUUGAUCGGGUGGAUUCUAGAGACGUGAUAUUGUGGAAUACAAUGAUCGCCAGCUAUGGUAUCCAUGGAGAUGGAAAGGAAGUUCUCUCUCUAUUCCUAAAGAUGAAAGAAGCAAACAUAAGCCCUGAUCAUGCAACUUUUGCGUCUCUUCUCUCGGCUCUUAGUCACUCUGGACAAGUAGAUGUAGGUCAAUACUGGUUUAAUGUCAUGGUUAAUGAAUGUAAGAUCCCACCAAGCGAGAAGCAUUAUGCUUGCAUGGUUGAUCUUUUGUCCCGAGCAGGACGAGUGGAAGAGGCUUAUCAGCUAAUAGAAUCUAUGAACACAGAACCAGGUUUAGCUAUUUGGGUUGCCCUCCUGUCAGGUUGCCAUAAUUAUAGGAACCUCUUAUUUGGAGAAGUGGCAGCAAAGAAAAUCCUUGAUUUAAACCCAGAUGAUUUGGGAAUUUAUGCCUUGGUUUCAAACUUCUUUUCCUUGGCUAGGAUGUGGGAUAGAGUAUCUAUUUUAAGGAAGAUUAUGAAAGAAACAGGGAUGAAGAAAGUUCCUGGUUACAGUGCGGUGGAAGUGAAUGGAAAGCAUGAAGCUUUUCUGGUGGAAGAUAAGAACCAUCACCAGUACGAAGAAAUCUUGCAAAUGUUGGAUAGUUUGGAUAAUGAGAUGAGAGUUAUCAGACAUGUCCCAGACAGUUUGCAUGACGUUGAAGUAGUGAAUUGAAAUUUAUUGAUUAAUAGCUUUGGAGAUCCUGUUCUGGAAGGCAUUUUUUGUCCUUCAUAUUAACAGCUUCUUGGUGCUAUAUUGGGCACACAAAAACUUAGAUGCCCAGUUCCUGCAUGACUCUCAUCAAGCAAAAUGAUUCCCCUAAAAGUGCCAGUACAAAUCGCUACCUAUGCAUAUGGUGCAACUAAGAAGACAACUUUCCAUGGGGAUGUCUUACUCAGCUUGCCACGUUCUGAAGCUAAAUCAUUUUGGGCACUUGAGUUUUCACGCUGGCCAGAGAAAGGAAAGACCUGAAAGACCGGCAACUCAAAAGCAUAUAUUUGUUUGAUUGGCUCACAAGGACCAGGUUUCCCAUCCAUAAUCAGAGGCUUUGUGUGACGUCUCAUGUGGAACCUCGUGGGUCUAAACACUUUCGUCUCCCAAUGGAGCAUGCAGUCCAGUGUUUGGCAUUACCAGGGUUCAAAAGAUCGUAAACCCAAGCAGCGUGAAGUUUAGAAGAGCUGUGUGUAGCGAGAAACAUUGCAGCUCUUGAACAUCAAAUGCCUGACUGUAGUUUUCAGUGUUGAUCAAGUCCUGCAGAAUAAAAGGAUCAGGAUCUGUUAUCUGCUUUACCUAUUUGAACCAUGGGGUUUGCCAAUAUCUGGUAAACCUACUCCAUAUGUGUUUCAAUAUUUGGCUUUUGCUGAGACUGUACGUAAAUAUAGGCACCCUCAAAAGAAAGGAAAGGAAA